AUGAUGUUACCACUAUGUGCACUUUUACUAAUUCCCCUGGUAAAUGCAUGGACCUUUCGCUACACCAACGCUACUGAUGCCACUGAAAUCGUCCGCGGCCAAGAGGCACAGAACUGCACAAAUUCCCCCAUCGGCAAAGAAAAGCUUUUUACCUGGGAUCCUGAGGGAUCCGAUCUAUGUGUCUCGAUAUACCGCGACACCGAAUGUGUUUCCAGGGCUGGAUACUCGUGCGGAAUAUGGAGAAGGAAUGCCAGUGAAGCUUUUGCGGCUUUCGAUGUCCUGCUUGAGAGGGAAAUUGAUGCCAAACGCCAAACCUCUACGCUCGCUUUAACAUCGACGUCUACAUCGGCUACGACGUCUACAGCCAUGUCCACAUCUUCAUCUUCAUCGUCAUCAUUGUCUUCUACGACCGCAUCCGCAACCGCAACCGCAACUCCCACUGAGUCCACAGCUGUCUCUACAGACAAUGCUAUCAGCAGCUCAUCCUCUGGUCCAUCACUCUCCGGCGGUGCUAUUGCAGGAAUUGUGAUAGGUGUAGUAGCUGCUGUUGCCAUUAUUGUCGCCCUUGUUAUCAUCUUCAUGAGAAAGAGGAACAAAAAGAAUGCCACGGUUGCUAACCAAAGUGGUGGCUACGGGCCCCAUGAGGCGGAUACUACUGGAACAUCAAUCAGCGGUACGACGGCAGUUAUGGAGAAGGCAGCAGAUUCAGUUACACGCCCAUUUAGACCUCCACCUGGAUCCCAGGUUGUUGAGUUGGUUGGCGAUGAAGGGAGUGCCGAGCUGGGCAGCAGCCCGAUAAGUGAGAUGGAUGGGAAUAGCACCAAGCGAAAUUUGAACCGGUCCUAG